CCGUCGCAACUAAGAUGGGCUGGGAAGGCGCGACGGGCCACCUCUACAUGACGGGCGACCUCGUCGACGACGGCGAUCGCGUCAAGCGCCACAUGCCCGUCCAAGGACGCAAGAUCAAGGCUCUCCAAGGCGGCUACAACGCGUCGCUGGCGCUUGUCGACGGCUGGGACCUCGCGUGGGUGACACCCCCGGUCUUUGAACUCGCCAAGCCGCAGCACGACGUCAAGAUCCACAUGCUCGCGUUCGGCGCCAAGCACACGCUUGGCCUCAGCCUCGACGGCCACCUCUACGCAUGGGGCGCGGGCGACAGCGGCCAGCUCGGCCUCGGAGGCGCCAUCACGAGCACCAAGUCGCCCCGCAAGCUGCGCGAGCUCCCGGGUCUUGCCUUCACGUCGAUUGCCUGCGGCGGGUACCACUCGGCGGCCGUGACGUCCACGGGCGCGCUCUACACGUGGGGCCGCAACCUCGAGGGGCAGCUGGGGCACGCGUCGUCGCUCUUUAGCACGAGCGACAAUGAAACUCAAAACGGCGUGUUUUUCCACCCCAAGCACGUGGACGCGUUUCUCAAGAAGCGCUGCAAGCACAUCGCUUGCGGUGACAAGUUCUCCAUCAUUCUCACCGACGCUGGCGACGUCUAUGCGUGCGGCGAAGGCCAAGUGGGUCAGCUCGGGCAAGGUACCGCCGCUUCGCAGUUUCUGCCUCUGCUCACGCUCCUCGGCGAUAAGGCCGACCCGUUCGCGCAAGUGGCGUGCGGCUGGGCCCAUGCGCUCGCGCUCACGGCGUCUGGUCGGCUCUUUGCGUGGGGCUUCAACCAGUACGGGCAGCUCGGGCUCGACGACACCAAAUCGCGCUUUUUCCCCGAAGAGCUGCCAGGCCUCCUCUUCAAGCACGUCUAUGCGGGUGGCAACUACGCGGCGGGCAUCUCAUCGGCCGGGCGACUGUAUGCGUGGGGGAAUGGCCGCCACGGCAAGCUCGGCCACGGCCACAACGAGAACGUCCCUCGUCCGCUCGUCGUCGACGCCGUCCAAGACACGUACGUUCAGUCGGUUGCGUGCGCGGCGCAUCACAUGAUCUUUUUUGCCCCGUCGUGGGUUGAGCACAUUCAGCCCACGUGUGGCGCCAUGUCGGGUGGCACGCAGCUGCGCAUCUUUGGCUCGGGCUUCUGGGCGACCGACGACUUGACCGUGCGCUUUGUACCGGUCACCGACGGCCGACUGGCGCGCGCCGCGCUUGCCUCGUACGACGCUGCGACCGGCACCAUUGCGUGCGAGGUGCCUCGCUUCGGCGUCCCCGGCGACUUUGCCGUCGAAGUGGCCAUGAACGGCAAGCAUUUCACGUCCAACGGCGUGCUCUUCAAGGUGUUUGUGCCGCCAACGAUCGUUUUUCUCUCGCACAAGGAGCUGCCGUUGCUCAACGAGACCAACGAGGUGGUGCGCGUGCAUUUACGCGGCGAGCGGCCCAAAGCCGCCGACAUCCCGGUUGUUCGAUGGGUGCCUCUGGACAGUCGGUGGCCACCCGUUCUUGUCGAAGGCGUCUGUGGCGAGAUCCCCAAGGCUGAAAGCGCGGGGGACGACGACGCCGAGGCGCUGGAAAACAAUGCCGACGACGACGACGACGACGACGAGCAUGAAAAAAUGUUCCAGCUCGCGUUUCCGUCGCCGUCGUUCCAAAUGAAUCAGUCCGAACUUGUUGCGUGCACGUCGUUCAACGGCGUCGACUUUAGCCCCGUGCGCAUCCACGACCCACGACCCCUUCCACAGCGGUCUCCCGGACCCUGA